CCACCCAACUCCCCGACCUCCGUAGACGAAGACAACUCGAUCGUUGUGCAAGCAAGAUGUCCUAGAUUUAUUUACGUGGCAACAAUAUACGUGUGUACUGUGCUCUGUUGAUUUACGCAUACACUGUGCUUUCGGGUGUACAUUACUCUAACAGAAGAGACUUGGUUACCGAACAGCGGUCACUGUACGUGUCGUCUACAUGUACGACUCGCAGACUAUCAUAGGAAUACGACCCGGUCGAUGGCGCCCCAUCUCAUUCCCGUUGUCUCCGCGAACGAUAAAGCUCUCGCCGAUAGGCACCAGGGACUACCCCGUCUAAUGAGAGCGACCGUGACAAUAAUAGUGACCAAGGAGCUGCACGGCUUGACUUUACCAGCAUUCGCCCCAACCUUCUUGCUAGGAUGGUAUUCAAUUUUUGCCACGAGAUCCGGUCCUGGCGUCGGCUUGCUACAGCUGCAAGGAUUGCAAGACAACCGUGCUUGCACUGCAAGCACGGUUGUCUUCCCGAUUGGGGCACGAAUCGAGAUAUGGCGUGGUGGGCCUGUCGAUUCGUGCUUGCUGGCAAUCGGGGUCCCCCCCCGGGGUGAUGCGUCAAGAGAGUGGGGAAUGUAUCCAUGCGCGGCUGGCGCAGACUACAAUUUUUUUCGGUGGAGCUGCGUGGUAGAGCUACAAAAGCACCAUCGAAGCGUUGCUCAUCCGUCUCCUUCGACUGGAUUUAUCACAUCGAGCGCAUCGCGAGUCGCCGAUAUAUACGGCGGCAUGAUGCGCCGAGUCAAAGAGCAACAAUUUCUCCUGGAUAUCCUCCAUGUUGAAGCGAGACGAACAUGACGGGCAGUGAAUAAUGCAGACACCGUGAUCAGGCUAAGGUCUCUUCUUCAGCGUCUCCUUCCAGGCACCAACCAUUGCUCAAUUCACUACCAAACCAGCAGACUUACUAAACUGACCCCUCGCCAGCCCGAGAUGAACUUCUUCGACGACGCCGCAGCCUCCACGCCGCUGCUCAUGCAGUGCGGCUACCGCAGCAAGGUCUGCACCAACCCCCGCGCCACCAAGCUAGACGGAACCCCGCACAAACUCUGCGAGUUCCACCGCCGCAAGGCUAAUCUGAACCAGCAGCGACUGCACAAGCGACAGCGCGAGAAGCGAGCCGCUCAAGAACUACGCGAGUCGGUCGAGAAGGACCUCGAGGCUGCGGAGGAUCACUCGGCCAAGAGGGCUCACCUGAGUGUCGAGCCGAUCGUGCACUGGUCCACCGAUGACACCUGCUACUACGGACUUGGCGGAUACGAACACCCCACGCAGCAGACUUCCAGUGUUGGCGAGACGCUAUUGCCUCGUAUGGGGUCCCAGGACAUGGACAUCCUGGAGCUGCUGCUGAUGGACAUGCAGUCGCUGCCUCCUCUUGCAAGCGCGCCGCCUGCCUCCGUGGACUAUGAAAACUUCGUUGACGUGUGAGCGUUUAGACAGUUGGUGUGUGUACAUAUAAAGGAAAUGGUAUCAGCAAGUUGUGAGAUCAAUUACCACGAUGAAGACUGCGAUAGGACGAUAGGGCCACGCCUUGGCUAAACCAAGUUGGUUUGUCGGUCUCAUGUCCAUGAUGCUCUCCGCGUACUGUACAAAGGGAAUCGUAUUCGAGCCGGAAGAUAAAACAUGUAAAGUAUAUCGGCGCCCCAUCACUCGCGCGAGCCAUUUCAAAUGGCCCAUUACUGUAUCCCCGCUCACCGAGCGGUCAACCUUGCUAGUCAGGAAUGAUAUUUGCAAGUUGCAUUGUAACAGCUCAGGUAUCCUCGGUUUCGUUGCACGAGCCCAAUGCGUGCUGCCAAAAAUGAGGUAAGUUACCGUACUUUGGAAAGUAUCUCUCUUCAAUAUUGCAGAUGAAGACCCCCAAGGCAGUUCAGCUAUGUCUUAUGCCGAUGCAAUAGCCGCAUUACAUUUGCUGUCACAGGUGUCACUUGCUGUUGCCAAGCAAUGUUACGACCGACAGCCAUAUUUGGCAGCAAGCUGCUAACGGUGCUUCGUUGCUUACGGGGCUUUUGGCCGAGCGUACACUUAUCUCCCAGCGGCUCCUUCCCACAUGGCAAUGGCCACACUAUGGCGAUCCUCAAUAGAAAAAUCCUCACGCAGCAGUUCGCUGCCAUCUCUCGAUUCGUGCCUCGUCACAAGGCGCGUGGAACUCCUACCUUCCGAACUGCUACACUGUCCGUCCGUCUCAACUGCGUUUUUGCUGUGCAAGGCUUGCGUAAGAACCAGGUUUUCGCUGUGAAAUUUAUGAAAUAACUCGCAGCUUCAUUCAUUUUAGGCAAGUCUACCAACGAAUGAAUGACAUACUCCGAACUGCAUCCGAUAUCCAACCUCGCUGUUGCAGGUGAAUGAGCAUCAACCUGAGCUCUUAAAAACUGUCCUCGUAUCCCCUACAAGGUCAGCCGCCAUAGAGCAAGCUCCUCUUACUUAUCGUACUCGCCGCUGCCGUAAAGAACAGUGCGAACUUCGCACUGCGAAGCCCACGCAAGUCUCGCGUUGCGGGACGAUAUAAUAUGUACAUCCCCCUUGGCGGAACUGAUGAGCUGAGUUUCCCUGACAAGUCUGGAUAUUGUCACUCCACUGACAGGCCCUGCCUUCAAGAUGGUGCACACCGACAACGGAAAUAUUGGAGACUUCGACAAAUACUCGCCACUCGGCUAGGUUGUCGACGAGGUCUCCACCACUAUUCAACUUGCAGCCAACCAUCACAGCCACCGUGCUCAAACUCACAAGUAUGAACGCCUACUUCGACGAAGUCCCCACCUCCGCAUCGCUGCUCAUGCAGUGCGGAUACCGCAGCAAGGUCUGCACCAACCCGCGUGCCACCAAGAUCGACGGCACCCCUCACAAGCUCUGCGAGUUCCACCGGCGCAAGGCGAAUUUGAACCAGCAGCGACUGCACAAGCGUAAGCGCGAGAAGCGCGCAGCUCAGCCGGCGUUUGAGUUUGACGAAGACCACCUG